UGUGUGAGAGUGUUGAGUUUCGGUGAACUUUUCCCACGACUCGCCAUGUCAGGAGUGGUCCGCUCCCUGAGCCGCUGUCUGCUCCCGGCCGAGGCCAGCCGGGACCCGGGCAGCAGCAAGGAGGGGAGCCGGGAGAGGGAUGCGGCGCAGGAGCGGGAGGCGAGGCGCAGGAGCCGGGAGAUAGAUGCGAUGAUCGCCCGGGAGAGAAGAGCCGUUCGCCGGCUUGUGAAGAUCCUUCUACUCGGGGCGGGAGAGAGCGGAAAGUCCACAUUCCUCAAACAGAUGCGCAUCAUUAACGGGCAAGAGUUUGAUAAAAAAGCACUUCUGGAUUUCCGGGACACUAUCUAUGAGAAUAUACUGAAGGGCAUGCGAGUGCUGGUAGACGCCCGGGACAAGCUGGGCAUCAGCUGGCAGAGCUACGAGAACGAGAAGCAGGGCAUGCUGGUGAUGUCGUGGGAAGGACGUGUGGGCGGCUCGGGGGCCGAGCCAAGUGAGUUUCAGCUUUACGUGAUGGCACUGAACGCGCUCUGGAUGGACACCGGCAUACAGGCGGCCUACGCACGGCGCUCUGAGUUCCAACUGAGCGAGUCAGUCAAAUACUUCCUGGAUAACUUGGAUCGUAUUGGUCAACUGAAAUAUAUUCCCAGCAAGCAGGACAUUUUGUUUGCACGAAAAGCAACAAAAGGAAUUGUCGAGCAUGACUUUAUCAUAAAAAAGAUUCCUUUCAAGAUGGUGGACGUCGGAGGGCAGAGGUCCCAGAGGCAGAAGUGGUUUCAGUGUUUCGACGGGAUCACAUCCAUACUCUUCAUGGUGUCAUCAUCUGAGUAUGAUCAGGUCUUGAUGGAGGAUCGAAGGACAAACCGUUUGGUGGAGAGCAUGAAUAUCUUUGAGACGAUUGUCAACAACAAGCUCUUCCUCAACGUGUCCAUCAUCCUCUUCCUCAACAAAACAGACCUGCUGGUGGAAAAGAUUCGCACGGUGGACAUCCGCAAGUAUUUCCCCGAGUUCAGGGGAGACCCGCGGAGGCUAGAGGACGUACAGGCGUUCCUGGUGCAGUCGUUCAGCCGUAAGAGGAGAAACCGGGGGAAGCCGCUCUUCCAUCACUUCACCACUGCGAUAGACACAGAAAAUAUCCGCUUUGUCUUUCACGCUGUCAAGGACACCAUCCUGCAGGAAAACCUCAAAGAUAUCAUGCUGCAGUGACCUUCACACUGCGGACAAAGGCUUCUCUGACUGUAAACUGUGAAACCAGCCAUGAAUCCAGGCCUGGCGGACCCCCCACCCCGGCCCCCAGGUGCUGAUUAACACUGACCUGUGGAGCAGUCUGUGGAUUUAACUGAACUCUGAACCUGUGGAGCCCCGAGCUGACUCUGGACCUUUUUGGACUUUGUCGGCCCCUGUGGAAACUGUGAGGGUCGUAGGGGCCAAGACCCUGCAUUUAACCUGUAUAAAUGUAUAUGUGCUGGAAAGGCAGCCGACCUAUUGUAGCUCUCCAGUGUUCUCGCGUUUCUACACAGCUUAAAAGAUGUUGGUAGCACUUUCUACAAAGCCCUUGUUUAUAAUGUGUUAUACAUAUUACUGUAAUGCAUUAUAAUCUCAUAUGAUAAUACUUAUAAACACUCAUGAAUAUGCAUAGCACAAUAUCACAGAAUCAGGCAUUAUAAUGAACCCUGAUGUCAAGUAUAAUAAUAAGCAAACAAUGACCACUAACAGUAACUUAUUGUCUUAUUAUAAUGCAUUAUAAAUAUAUCACAACAAUUAUAAUACACUGUGCUCUGUGCAAAAAAGGUCAGUGAAUUGAAAAUAUUACAUAUUAUGAUGAACUUAUGGUCCGUGCUUAUUGAUAUAAAGCAUUAUGAAUAUGUUUGAGUGCUUAAAACUAUAAUUAUAAGCAGAUUCUGAAGUGCAUUAAAGACAUGGGUGUCUGGAAA